AUUAGAGCAAGGCGGUCAUACACUUCCCAUGAUGCGUCCCACCGUCCCUCGGGUCACAAUUUUGCUGUGAUCUCAUGCGAGAGUUAUGCCACAUACGAGUGCUCAUUCAUGAAGGAAUCGAUUCGAUUACUUCAAUUUCACUUGCGCAUGAUCCCAUUCCUCGUUGGUGGUGGCCUGGGCCGUUACAAAGCGCAUGAUUGAUGGAAACUACGGGUUCCGGUUGUGACGAAGAUUGCAAACCUCUGGAGGCGCCAAUCUUACGUGGUGCAGGAGUGAUUUUCAAAUGUGUUCUGGCACGAUUGUUUGUGGACGAAACACGGCUUGAAUGAAGAGGAAGGUGAGCACGUCAAAGUGUGUAACACCAGCUCCUGGUAGGUCUUGACCUGCUUCCGGAAUCGGUCUUCUUCCAGCAUUCUAAAUUGUACGCUGGAUUCGCUGGGGUUUUAAUAUUAGCGUUGGCCUAUCAUGAGUUUGACCGAGGUUUUCUCUGCCAUCAUAAACAACAUCAUGCCCGUAAUCACCGGGCAAUUCUAUUUAUUUCUGUUCGUUGGGACCUGCAUUCUGCCGUAUAGAAAAGUACUGUGUUUUUCCAGAUAUUUGUCUGGAUUGCGAGGGUUGGCAUUCAGCAGGAAGAGGAGAGUAGAAAAACGAUAAGAAUGGGAAGAACCUUUCCAUUGUAACCUUGUGGAAGCCACGUUUAUGAUGCACCGUGGAAUUUCGAUCACUCGGUUCUAUAGCAUCUUGUUUUACUUAUUUAAACUCAGGCGUUUCCAAUUCUUUUUCUUAUCCAGCCUCGACGUGAACCUUGACUUAGCAUGAUAGAUGUCUGCAUGCACGAUACUUGGAAUGUAGCUGAAUAUAUCCUCCCCUAGCAGGACUUGCAGACAUCCUUAUCGUUCCGGCACAUGGAGAAGAUGGACUUAACAUCACUUUGGGGAUUGCAACUGCAGCGACGACAAGGAAGGACAAACAGAAGCAGCAAACUACAAAAUCUCCCACCGCCCUGCAUGUGUUGAAAGUCACUAAGAGUCGGCCCCCGCGAAGCAAGUCCGCCACCGUCGCCUCAAUCCGGCAUUCGGGUUUGAAGGGGAUGCAUGAUUUCAAAGACUACCUUUUGACCAAGAUACUUCAAUAUAGUAGGUGCAACAGGACAUAUUCCAAUGACAUCACAAGGAAAAUUAUGUCCAUUGUGAUGCUUCUGGGGCCUAGCCCCAUCCUACCAUCGGAGGGGGUCUUCACAUAACUUUUUCUAUAUUUCUGAUGGAAGCGUCCAAUGAAGAGGAAAACGACGGUAAUGGCUUCGGCGUCAACAAGCCUACAUGAUGACUAGAGUGGGCGAAGCGGUAUCUCGUGUUUUGCCUGACAGAGACGAUUGCCUCCCCUGUUCCUCAAUCUUCGUUAACAUCUCCGCGAUCUUCCUGCGAUACUAAAGUAUGAUUGUUCGCGUUCAGAAUAUGGAUGUCCCGGAAUGGAGGCGACGAUGGAGUCGGGAAAAGAGAAGCCGAGGCAAGCCAAAUACGGGGACCUUGCGCCAGAACCACGGGGCCUGCUUGCUGAGCAGCAGGGAUCGUGGGACACGGAAAGGUGGGUCUGACCAUCUGAAGCGCUCGAGGGUAGUCGACCAGAGGAAAGAGCAAGCGGCGAGGGUCGAGGGUCGAGGGCGAGGGCGAGGGAGAAAGGGCAAUCAGUGUGCGGGAUUUACUUAAAGAACUCGGCAUCUCGAGAGUCGAGAUCCCAACUUUCCAUUUGUACAGGGCAGGGCAGGGCGCCCUCCCUGGGUCACCAUGAGCUGUAAUGAGGGGGCACCCCCUGGAGAUCCAGCGGACAUCGCCCCGCUUGUCGUUUCGCACCCGAGUGGACAUGAGAUAAAUGAAAAUGGCCUGCCAGCGGUCAGACCAUGCAGGCAGGCAGGCAGGCAGGCAGGCAGGCCUCGAGCCAGGCCAUGUGGACGCAGUCUACUCUACCGGCCACGACGACGACGAUGACAGUCUAAAAGUAGUAGCCAGAGAUCGAACCAUCCAUCCAACUUCGUCUGUAAAUUCGUGGCCGGUUGUCCCCUCGCUCACUAAAGACGCGAGUCAAUGCUCGUUCAAUCGCCAACUGACUGACCCAACCAACUGAGACCGAAAUCUGCAGCAUUCAUUGCCCCAGCUCCAUCCAUUUCCUCCUCUCCCCGGAGCUUCCUUCCUUCCUUCCUCCCCGAAAACCUUCCAUGGUCCAUCCGCCGCUUGUCUUGGCCCACUGGGCCCCACUGCUUCUACGACACGGGACACACUACUCUCACUACUCUCUGUCAUAGUACUGUACCUACCUACUACGACAGUACGUAGUAGUAGAAGUAGGCAGCAGGGCCAAGGUGGACCCUCUGCUCUGAGCUUGAUGGAUGACCUCUUACGUAGUAGGUGAAUCUUGCCACUGAUGACUUUUUCGUUUCUUUAUCACUUUUCCAUGGCCUCCCUGUUUUUGGCCAAACUGUAGGCGUUUCAUGAAUUUGAGGUCAUGGAUUUCCACACGAACAUAGCGUCUACGUCUACCUGCGUAAAGGAGAAGAUACCACUCUCAAGUUUAAGUCUAACUUCGGAGAAUCUAUCUUCCAAGGACAAUGCAUAUAACUCUUGCACUGACAAUUGUACCAACCAAUUAUUUGUUUAUGUCCCCGCUCUCUGGUUGCAUGUUACUUCUAUAAAUGUACACUAAUGGAUCUGC